GUUUCCAGUUGGAGUUACCCUUUACCGCGUAUGUUAGACGGCGGAUGGGUGGCAGUUCGCGGCCACUUGUCAAACAUUUUCUCAUGCUGUAUCGGCUAUCAUAGGUUAUGGCAUCUCAGCGGAAUCGUUUCACCGUGACAUCAUACACCGAAACCAAUCCGAACGCUGCGUUGAAACUGCAUGUCCACGGGUUCUCGGGGUGGCGUUGUCCUGCUUCUUUUGGACGCCAAGCAAAAGGAACGUCUAAACAAGUUUGUGUGAAGUCUCGCAUACAGCAAAAAAGUUCCAGUGACUCAGGAGACAUCCACCCUGUGCAUAGAAUUUUUCGCAACCGUGAAUGCGGGCACAAGACAUCACACUACGUCGCCGUUUUCCUUUUCCACUUUGCGGACUCAAAAACUCCUUCCCGCUUUCACCGACGUGGAACUGUGAGCAGGACGAGAGGCCUUCCGUCUGUGUCCGGAUGUCCACAGUUUUCGGACCUGUGGGUAUCCCAGAGUGCCUCGGCCUCGAAACUGGACAGUAAUUCGAAAGCAGCUUACCACUGGACGCGGGCGUUUGCCCCAUUCACAAUACCUUUUGCCUCCGUUUAAGGUCGCUGCGUUACUGCACCUGCCUUGAAAAACCUUCGAAUUUGUUUCUGACGCAAAUCUGUGGCGAUCUGCGGUUUCUUUGUCUUCAAGGCGUCACUGCCACUCGUUUAAAGGGAGAGCGCCUCUUCCUGCCGAGCCUUGCCACGUUCAGAGGACGUACACUGUGGCAAGCUUUUUUCAACUUCGUUUCUAGACCAGGACGCGCGUGCACGCAGCCCAAUAUGAAGGUUCUUCAGCUGAAGUCGAGAUAACGCCCGCCGGAAAGCCUUUUUCUUCUCCAGAGAUCCCCUUUACUCGUGUACAGUUACGAGGGAUUGUGCACACUUUUCCUCGUGUGGCGGGCAAUCCUCGAGACGCUUCUGCUCGUUCUGUCUGGACUCCCACAGACCGCCCUGAACUUUUUUCGCCUUUGGCAGUGGAAGCGGCACUGAGAGCCAUGUCAGUCUGCCAAGGCUUCGUGCUUGCCCGAGGCCUCCACGCACACUGCCGCGGAGCGGUGCGUAGCGUCGGUCUCGCGCGUUCUCGAUGUCGUUCUUCCUUGCUGAGAACGUCGGCUGUCUCUCGUCGCCUAGAUGCCUCUGCGGAGUCAGAUUCCGUCGCCUCUGUCGCAGCGCCGGAAGUAAGAAACAGCUGCUCCGAGGGGUGCUCACAAGCCGUCGCCUCUCAAGCCCCGUUCGCCGCGCAGAGGAACCGAGCACUGGACAGACAUACAUGCAUUUCCAUCACUUCUGCGGGUGCAUGCAAGCGAGUCUCAUCUGCAGCUGUGCACCCCUGCUCGCUGUGGUCGCGCGACCUCCGGCCUUCCGUCUUCACACCUUCUGGAAAUUUGCGUCAAGCUUACUCGAGCUGUCGCCGCACUGCGUGCAACGCAGGGCCUGUUUCCAAAAUCUCAGAUGCUCGCCAGAGGACAGAGAGGGAAAACGCGGACCAAGACAAGCCGACAAACACUGAGAGUCGCGACUCUGUUCUUUGCGCCUCCUCGCCGACCUCCGCAGAGAUGAAACCGAUACGCGACCAAACAGGCGGGAGACUCUCUUCACUUCUCAUGCUCGGACUUGCUGGCUUUGGCCUCGGUUGGAUAGCCCAAACGAACUGGGAGGAUGCACAAAACGGAUUUUACCCCGAAACGGUGAUGAGGGUGCGGUGCCUCCAGCUGCCUGGCAAUUUCUCAGAGACUCACAGCGAAGAAGCUGCGAAGAACGCCUUUGAAGAGUGGACGGCAUUUGCGUCCCGACAGAAGGGCUUUCUGUCUUCUCGGCUGUACGUCCAGCCGGGCGCCAGGACGGAAGACAGUGAGCGAUUCGGCGGAACCAAGUUCCUCGUUUUAGACAGGUGGGGAACCGCGGCUGACCAGAGAGCCGCUGCGGAGGCGUUCGCGACUCCGCAAGAUCCAAAGCAGUGCGAAGCCAAGGACGCCAACAGCGCAGCGAAGACAACUCGUCACUCUGCUGAGCAGAGAGAGGCACAAGAGCAGAGCGUGGAAGAAGCAGCACGCGCGCCGUUUUGUGACAAAGACUCGGGACAAGUUUAUGUUUUCGACUCACGGAAAACUGCACCCCUUUGGCGUGUCUUCACGCAUACACAGUCCCCGAACGCGACCCCGUAGAACGGGGAACGUGCAGAUCCAGAAGGAGAAGAACGGAAAUGUGCUCUUUGCCUUGAAGGGUGUAAAGAGAAGGGGAAGUGUGGAAAGACGACAAAUCAGAAGACACAUCAAAGGCCUGCAAACAGUUCUCUUUUAUUCUGUCGCACCCGGAGUCGAUGCGUGUUCUCGUCUGUGCCUAACGCGUCACUUCCUGGCUAAGAGAUGUCUCUCGACGUUCGCUGUAAAUACAGCAGAAGUACAACGGCUUUGAAGACACAUCUAACCGCAUUCACGGUGAUAAAGGGCUCACCUAACUAACUGCAUUUACGGA